AUGGAUGAAUUUUGGAGGCGUCCGGCUGGCCCUGGCCCUGGUUGUGACGCCCUUCGCUGGUUCAAAAAUGUGUCGGAGAUUCACGUGGUGCUCGACGAAUCGGACGAUUUUGCGAGCUGGCAUGGGACUUCCUAUGAGGAUCCCUGGCCUUGUGACAACGUCUUGUUCAUAGACGAGAAGGAGGGCGAAGAGAUGCGGAUGAUGGACCUGGAGUACAAAUAUGAUCGUGAGGCCGAAUCGAGCACGUCUUUGAAACAGUCCCUAACCUUCGAGCGUGCAUCCACGAUCUCGAUCGCGUUGUCAGAACCGAUCCACACAUACCUCGAACUCUUCACACAUUCUAACAUGGCCACAUUCCACCCAUUCCCACGACUGCCGGCCGAACUCCGUGCUCAGAUAUGGCAAAUGACAGUGGAGCCUCGUAUAGUUGAAGUGCGCCUCAGGGUCCGGGGGAAAUGGGGUGAGAAGACGUUCAACAAGUUGACUUCGCCUACACCUGUACCAGCACCGCUGCAGACAUGUCGAGAAUCGCGGAACGCUGGACUAUACCAGCGUUGUUUCUCAGAUAUGCCUUGGCGCGGCGGCGCUGCAGAAGACGCAGAACCGCGCUACGUGUGGUUGAACCUGGAUAUCGACAUGGUUUCCAUCGGCUGGAGCCAAUUCGAAGCCUUCAGGCCUGUUGCGCACCUUAUCAAACGCCUGAGAUUUACGCGCGACAAUACCGAUGAGUAUUGGGCCCGUGGAGAUGAACCCGACGAGCUUUGCCACUACAAAAACGUGUCGGAAAUCCAUGUGGUGCUUUGCGAAGGCAGCGAAUUUGAGGAAUGGCAAUGGGCUGCGCAGGACUACACCUGGCCUUGCGGGAAGGAGAAUGUGUUAUUCAUAGACUACGAACAGGGACAAGAGAUGAAGUUGACAGACCUGGAGAACAAGUAUGAUCAUUUCUGA